AUGAGCUCUGAAAUGCAGACUGACACUAACGCUGAAAACCCUGAUAUUUAUCAAGAAAAUGCUAGAAAUAUUGAAAACCUGUCGUUUUUUGAUAAGUUUGAUAAUGAAAGAAUAAGUGUGUUGGAAAAAGAGAUUGGUGAAAAAGAUCAGAAAAUUCUAGCUAUGCAAACAGCACAUUUUAAUGAAAAAAUCAAGCUUCAAACACAAAUAUUUGAGCUGAAGAAGCGAAUAGAUAAAACAACCCAGGACCCAGUGUCAGAGGCAGGAAAAGCAGAAGAGCGCAGCAAUGAGGCAAUUUUAAGUGAAAAAUUAGGCAUUAAAACAAAGCAAAUAAAAAGCUUUAAAAAACUUCAUUGCAUUGAUUCGAAAAGAAUUCAAAAACUAAAAGAAAACUUAGAGGAAACUAAUAAAAGCUGAAAAGAAAAAAUAUCUGCUUUAAAAUCCCCCAUUAAUAGCUUAAAAGAAGAAAUCCAAUCUGUAAAGACAGACGCAGCAGCAUUAUAUGCAGAAUGAAAAAUCAGCUCCGAAAACGAAAUAAAACGCUAUAUGGGAGAGUUUUCUAAAAAAAAUAUCUCACUUUUUAACAUCAAAGACAGCUACGAAAAGCUAUAUCUUUCUUAUCAGUCCUUAUCAUGGGCUUUUCAAGACCUUUCUAAUGCACAAAAAGCCCAAUUAGACGAAAUUGCAAAGCUCCAAAUAAACCUGAAAAAUGCACAGUCAGAAAAUGAUAACUUAAAGCUAAUAAACUUCAAGCUAAUUGACCAAGCUAAUAAUAGCCAAGGAAAGGAAAUAAGCAGCCAAGACUUAUUAAACAAAAUUUUGGAAACUGUUAGAGACUGCCCUCAGGUUGAUAAUAAAAACACAAGAGAAAUCCAAAAUGAAAACGAUUCCUUGAGAGAAAAAGCAAGAAGACUUGAGAUGGAGUUGAAAUAUAAAAACCAUAAGCUAAAAGAACUUCUUGCAAAACCCAUUGAAAUUUACUCAGCAUUUUCACAUAAACCUAAAAAUUUUAACAAGGAGCAUGAAGAGUUGACUAAUUUUCGGCUGCAAAAAUGCAAAUUAGAUGCAGAAGUUGCUUAUUUGCAUGAAAGAAUGCAGGAACUUGAAGAAAAAGAUAGAAGCUUGAGAAUCGAGUUGGAGGAGAAAAUAAAAGAAAACGCUUACUUGCUGGAUGAAUUGGGUGUUAAAAAUAGCACAAUAAAUGAAAUGCAAGUAAAUUUGGAUGAGAAUCUUGCAAAAGUUCAGCUCUAUCAUCAAGAACUUGCUAAACUUCAAAAUUUAAAUUCAGCAAUGAGUAAUGAAAUUUCUAAUUCAAAAAUUGACUAUGAAAAUAUUGAGAAGAUGUUCAGUUCAUUUGAUAAAAAUAUAAAGCAAGUCAGCUUUAAUCAUAUUUCUCAAUUAAACCAAAUUACUGAUGAAAAAAAUACACUAUAUUUAGAAUAUAAGAAACUGCAAAAUGAAUAUGAAAACUCCAAGACACAGCUUGAAAAUCAAAUAGUUUUAUAUCGAGAAUUGCAGCAGCAAAAUAAAAAUGCUUUGAACUUACCUUUAAUAGCUAGCUCAGACAUCACAUUAGAAUCUAAAAAUAAAGAAAUUGCUGAUUUGCAGCUUCAACUAAAUGAAGCAAAAGAAGCAAUCGCCCAAAAUGAGCAAUAUACAAUUUUUCUUCUAAGCCAUAUUGACCAAGCAAACCAAAAAAUUCAAAAUAAAGCACCCAGUGACACAGAAAUUUCACUAAAAUCUGAGCUAGAUUCACUGCUUGAAAAGCUCUCAAUCUACGAAAAUGAUCUCCACGAAGAAAAAGAAAAAUCCGAAAAUUUGCGAAAAAAUAAUCUUCUUUUAGAGCAGGAGUUAAAAAAACGCAAAAAUUCAGCACUAAAUAAAGCAAAUGAUGAAAAAGAUAUACGAGCUGAAAUGAUGGAAAAUGAAAUUAAAAGUUUAAAAGAAAUAGUUGAGAAGCAGCAAAGAGAGUUUAUGAUUAAAGAGCUUGAAUUAUUGACAACGAAUUCGGAGAUACCAGAUAUAGAAGAGCUCAAUAGAAGAUAUAAUAAUGAAAUCAUUAUAUUGAAAGAGAUAAAUGAAAAAGAAAAGCAAGAAUUCAAUAAAGAAAUAGAAGAAUAUAAAAGAAAGAGUGAUAAAAUUACUGAUGAGCAUGAAAAAGAAACACAGGAUUACGAGAAUAAAGUGCAGAAGCUUCAAAAUCAAGUCAAAACACUUAAUAUCCCUCUGACUGAGCAAAACCAUUGGAAAAUCCUACUUUUGGAAAAUUAAAUCCUCUGUGAGCGAGCAAAUAUUAUUUAUUUUAUAAAUAAUAAUAAAUCUUGAGAUAAUUCUUCUAUUAAUUUAAAAUUUGCAUUCAAAGGCUUAAAUUUUAUAAUUAAACAUUUUUACAUAUUAAAAAAAUAAUCACCUUUGACGGAGGGGGUGCAGUUAGAGAUGUACUAAUUACGAAAAGGACUGAUCAGUCUUCAGAUACUUUGCGUAGGCUAAUUCUAUCUCUCCAUAAAGUUACAAAAAUAAUAUAG